AGCGUCCGCCUGCAGAGAAACUGCUCUACUUUUGAAACAACUGCCGCUGUUCUCGACCUACUAAACGCUGCCGCCAUGCCGAGUAUGCGUGGAAAAGUUGCACUCAUCACUGGUGCAUCUUCUGGAAUCGGCGAGGCCACGGCUUUGCACUUCGCCAGACUUGGCUGCUCGCUUUCGAUCACCGCGAGGAACGCGGCUGCUUUGGACAGGGUGGCUGAACAGUGCAAGGCAAACGGCGCUACUGGAGUGGAAGUACUCGUUACCACGGCAGACAUUCGGAAUACAGAAGCCGUUUCUGGCAUUAUUAAAGAAACAGCAGAGCACUUCGGAAGAAUUGAUAUUGUGGUCAACUGUGCUGGCUCAGCGCCAAUCGCUCGGGUAGGAAACAUUCCGCUCGAGGAAUUUGAUGCCAGUAUUAACACAAAUCUGCGCUCCGUGUUCCACAUAACGCAGGAAGUACUGCCCUACCUCAAAAAGACAAAAGGAAAUAUAGUAAACGUCUCGACCAUUGGAACAAUGAGGCCGGUGCCCACAGUUGCUUUGUCCGGAAUCAGCAAAGCUGGUGUCGAUGCGCUCACACGGAUUUCUGCUCUGGAAUAUGCCCCGUAUGGAAUUCGUGUGAACUGCAUCAAUCCGGGUCCAAUUGAAACGAAAAUGGUGUUCAGGGAUGAAAUGAGCUCCGAGACCAAGAAAAUGCUCCGAUCUCGCCUGGACGCAUGGACCGUGAUGGGUCGCAUUGGAACUGUCGAAGAAGCCGCCCGUGCAAUCGCUUUUCUGGCUUCGGACAAUGCCUCAUUCAUCACAGGGCACUCGCUGCCGGUCGAUGGUGGAAGUCUCCUAGUCGGACCUAUGGCGGCGCAGCGGGCUGUAAAGAGUGGUGCAGAUCUGCCUAUCGCCGACAGAAAUUAGCAGAUCAAGUGUAGAAUUACCUGCCCUGCUUCUUUGUGCAUUCUAAUAAAAUUGAUACCUCACUGUGGGGUGUCCA